UCUACGCUUCGCUGCUGCCGUUGUUUUUGGCGGAGGGGGAGAUGCAGCAAUCGAAGAUCAGCGCCUUCUUCAAGCCUUCAACGCCUUCUUCUUCAAUCGCUCGAAGCGAGUGCGAUAUCGAUCGGACUCACAAAGAUGGAGGAGAUGCGGGAGCGAAGGCGCCGGGCCUGAUCGCGAGUGGUUCCUCCAGGAUGCUCAACAAGAAGAGGAGCUACGCGCAGUACCAUCUCGAAUUAGGGCAGUCGGACUUCCUCCUCCGCUCCUGCUCCGUCUGCGGGAUGAUGUACGCCCCCGGGGACGAGUCGGACGAGAAGCUCCACGGGGAUUUCCAUAAGAAGUACUACGAAGGAAUUCGGUUCAAGGGCUGGCGCGGCGAGAGAGUUGUCUCGACGCCCAGCGGAGGCAAUUGCCGCAUCCUGUUGGUGCUCGACGGUGACUCCCCAUCGCACAAGCGCAAGGUUAAGGAGGUGCUUACGAUCGUGGAGAAGGAACUUGGGUUCAGUGAUGGUCAACUUCUGAAUAAACUCUGCAAGGUUUAUCUGUUCAUUUCAAGUAAUAGGGUUGUUGGUUGCCUAGUUGCUGAACCGAUAAGAACUGCUCAUAGAGUUGUAGAAAGUUGUACAUCGUGUGAACAUACCGACUAUACUAAAUUUUGUCAAAAUUUAGAAAGAAAAUGCCCAACAUUGCAAUUCGGAGGAUUCAGCUUCAAGAGAGAAGUUAUCAGAAGUGUCUCCAAGAACAGGACAACCAUUGAUGAGUGCGAGACCGGAGCUGUUCUUUGCGAAGAAGAACCUGUCCCUGCCCUUUGUGGGUUUAGGGGCAUUUGGGUUGUUCCUUCCCAGAGAAGGAAACGAAUUGCCUUCCAACUAUUAGAUGCUGCAAGGCAUACAUUUUUACCAGAUACAGUUCUGGAGCACGCACAGUGUGCCUUUUCUCCUCCAACCUCGUCUGGAAGAGCAUUAGCAUCUAGAUACAGUGGCAACAACACUUACCUAAUCUACAGGGAAGAUGAUGUGUGAGGGGGAAAAAAAUAUAUGUUUGAAUUGAUUUUUUUUUUUCUGCAAGUCUUGCGAACUAAUAUCGACUGAAAUUCUUCAAUUGUAUUGAAGAAGCAAAGAUUGGAUUAUGUUCGUUAAUGUAUCUUGUGUUUCUUGGACUGUCAUUGUAUUUGAUUUUGUCUGAAAACUAUAGAGAUGUCACGUUAGAUAGGUGACUCUGUUGUUGAUCAGGAAAAAUUUUAAACUAGAGAAAAAGCUGAUGAACUGGAACAAAAAGGGGCUUCGAUUGCUUCUUGGC